AUGGUGCUGCUCAGGCUCCUUGUACUCCUUUUUGCUCUGGUUGUCUCUGACCUCCACAGCCUGCCCUGGUUUAUAAAUGUCUCUGAGAGCCAGGGCCCUGGCACCAUCCUUCAAUUUUUCUCCUUCCACUGCUCUUCCCACACACCCACCCUGGAGUUGCUCAACGUGCAGCCACCGACCACCUUCUUCAACCCACCCAGCCUGGCCAAGUGGCAAGGGAUCUAUGUGGGCAAGGUGACCUUGAGCAGCUCAGCUCGGCUGGAUGCCCUGACAGUGAACCACUAUGACCUGCAGCUGCGGUUCAUAUGUGGCAACCGUUCGAUGGAAGGACCACUCUCUAUAGAUGUGCAGCGGGACCCUGAUCAUAUCCAGUGUGCUGGUCAAUUUGCCAGCCCAGUUGGAGAAAUUAUUCAGGUGCCAGAGACAAUUGCACCGGGGGCCCGGCUGUACACUCUGCUGCUCUCAGGCCUAGAACUACAAGGAUCCCAGCUGAGCAUUAUUAGUGCCCAGGACUCUCCAUACUUCCCUGGACCUUUCUCCAUCAACGAGCAAGGUUGGCUGCAGGCGCCAUCCCAGGGCCUCCUAGGCCAGGGUCAAAAGGUCUUCCAGCUGCAGAUCUCAGUGUCCUUUGGAAAAGGCCAAAGCUGUCAUGGAAUGGUGACAGUGAAAGUUUUACCUGUUCUCUCCAGCCAGGUCUCCUUCCUGGAGCAGGCCCAGAAUAUCACCAUCCCUGAGAACCUGGUCCCUGGGAGCGAGGUGUUUCAGGUCCGGGCCCGGGGCUUCGAUGUGCGCUAUGAAAUUCUCUUCCCGGUGCCCAGCCCACUUUUCUCCAUCGGACGUGUUGACGGCGUGGUCCAGACCACUGCGCCCCUGAGGCUGGCUCAGGCGCCAGGCGUGGCGGUCACCAGGCUGCAGGUGAAGGCCUUCGAGAGGCUUCGGCAAUGGGCCAGUGCCGAGCUUGAUCUCACUGUGAACGUGAGGUCGGUCAACCAAUGGCCCCCACGUUGCCUCCCAGCGCUCCUAGUGUCUCAAAUCCCCGAGACCGCGGCUGUGGGCACUGUACUGGAUACUCUCACUUGCACCGAUCCGGACUCUGCUGAUGCCACCCUAGACUACCAGCUGUGGUUACACAGCCCUCCUGACUCUGCCAGCCUCUGCCUUCGCGACAGAGUCCUUGAGGUGAAUGCUACACUGGACUGUGACACUCCUGGGACCUGCUUCCAGCAUUCAGCCUCCAUCCUGGUACUCGAUGGUGGUCAGCCCCAGAUGAGCACUGAAGUGCCAGUACUGGUGAUGGUGACACCUGUCAAUGAGUUCUCCCCAGCCUGUGCCCCACGCACAUUUCGGGUUCGGGAGGAUGCAGGACUCCAGACUCUACUGGGUUCCGUAGUGGGCACGGAUAUGGAUUACCCACGUGACAGCAUUGAGUACUACAUCUCUGGUGGGCCUGCCACCUUUGCUGUGGACCGUUUCAGUGGGGAAGUCCACCUGCUGGGGCCUUUGGACUAUGAGCAGCAGAGGCUGUACAGGCUGACUGUCCUGCUGAUUGACCAUGGCCAAGACCAGGACCCCACCCAUCACCGCUCAGGCUCCUGUACCAUUACCAUUGAGGUUGAGGAUGUGAAUGACCAUGCCCCUGAGUGUGAGCCCCCAUUUCAGGAACUCACAAGCUACUCUCUUCUAAGCCGCAGCAUAGAGGUGACCAAGGUGUCAUGCCAUAUCCCCCAGGAGCCACAGCGCCGGACCUUCUCCUAUAGCAUCGUGGGAGGGAAUAACCAGAACCAGUUCAGCCUGCAGGGGGCUGUCCUUGUACACAAUGGCCCUGUGUUGGGACCCUCCUGGCCAGAAUGGCCCUCUACCUACGAGCUAUUGGUCCGUGUGGCUGAUGCAGGUCCCUCCAUCCCCCAUCUCAGCACUACAGCCACCAUCGUUGUACAUCUAGCUCCCUGGAAGGCCAGCACAGAAGCCACCAGCACCCACAGAAGCACAGUGCCCUCAAUGAUGACACCCCUGCUUGUGACAGACACACUGGCUUUCUGGCAGCCAGAGCCCUGGUUUGUGGUGGUGCUGACAGCAACUGGUACCCUCCUCCUCUUGGCUCUGGGCUGGCUCCUCAACAGGCUCCUCCAGGGGUUGGCCCAGGUGCUGCAGGUACCAAGCAAGCCUGCCAAGGUUCUGCUGCUAAACAGCAUCCAGGGAAUGGAGGGGUCCAUUGAGGGGUUCAAGGAGGCACCAAGGAGAGAGAUAUCCCACACGCCCAGCAGCAUCAUGAGCCCACAUUUUGAUGGCAGAGCACAGGACUCCUGUACAGGCAGAGACUAUCUGUUCAACACACGCACAGGAGCCAGACGCUGGGUCUGA